AUGAUGGACUCGUCCGUCGCCUCAACGCCGCGGGGCCUUCCUCGCCCCUACGAUGCCACCUUCUCAGCAGCGACUCCCAGCCUCCGUCUACGCGCACGAAGCGAUGAGCCCCCUUCAAGUCAUCGCGCGUUCCGCACACCAAAGCAGUCCCGAAGAGACUACCUCAACAGCUCAACACACAAAGGAUACUCUGCCUCCGCCAGGAAGAACAAUGCGCCAACACCACACGCCAAAGCCGCGUCGCAGUACCUCGACCAACGGCGAGCAGCCAUGACGCCAGGCCGAAGGCGCCAAAGUGUCGGCGUGCGGCGCCGGGAGUCCCUCUUUGACAACCUGAGGGCCUUGAGUCAAGCGCUAGCGCCGAGAUCCAAGCCCGUGGAGACGUCAUCGUCGCCGAGGGAUGUGCCCUCAAGAUCGAGGCGCUCAACGCGCGCCGCGCAAGGAGACGACGACGACGAGGACGAGCUCCCGAUAGACAGGCCUGAAAUGACACUGCCACUUGAUAUGGAUGACGACUCAGAUCUCGUACCACCGCGCUCAUCGAUCCUCGAAGACCCUACCCUGGAACUUCCACGGCGAGCCUAUAGCGAAGCGCCAUCACGCCUUUCGCUCGCCAGCAGACGCCUGUCCGAAUUCUACAAUAUGAGAGAUGCCCUCAGCGACGAAGACGCACCCGGCCAAGGCUUCUUCCCAUCAAUGGACGCAGAUGAAGGCAUGGAUGACGAGGGGGCUGUGGAUGCAACCUUUGAGCGAGCGCCGCGAGACUCUUGGCGGCCGGCCGAGUGA